CCAAUAAAUGAUCAAAACAUUAAAACUGUUUCACGCUGAAGGAUUCGGACUAUAAAGACCCCCCCUCAGGUUUAUCUUGAAGGGCUUCAGGCGGAAGUGGUGUAUCUGACUGUUUCGGUCUUGACGUGGCUUCCGGAGGAGACUGUGAGCAUCGGCGACCUGCAGCAGCUGGACCAGCUCAUCUGGACCAGAACAGACCGGAGACCUGCGGGAGCGACAGAGACAGAGUCUCCCUCUCCGGACCGUGCCGGACCGCGCCGGACCGCUCCGGGCUUCAUGGGGGACAGCAUGGCGGAGGAUACGCGGGUCAUUUACCACCUGGAGGACCAGGAGACCCCCUACCUGAUCCGGAUCAACGUGCCCGCGCAGCGCGUCACACUGGCGGACUUCAAACAGGUCCUGAACAAACCGAACCUCAAGUUCUUCUUCAAGGCGGUGGACGACGACUUCGGGGUGGUGAAGGAGGAGAUCAGCGAUGAUGAUGCCCGGCUGCCCGUCGUGAACGGACGAGUCGUCUGCUGGCUGGUGUCGUCAGAAACCUGUCAGUCAGAUUUCAGGGGAUCAGACGUUCAGUCUGUAGCCACGCCCACCAGCCUGGCCCCGCCCCCCGUGGAGAGGACAGGUGGGAUCGGAGACUCCAGACCGCCGUCCUUCCAUGCUGCAGCUCUGAGUGGUCAGGAUGAAGUUCAGGGGUCAGAGGUCAAACCUGAGGCGUCACCCCCACAGAGAGGAGAGAGAGAGAGCGCCAGAGAUGGCCGUCUGAACGGCCACGCCCACAAGCCGGCUCAGCAGAACGGGGCGGGGCCAACAGGUGGAGGUGACAGCUCGUCAACUCAACAGAGCAGCCAGCUGGAGACGACCAGUUUCUGCUCGUCUGAGGAAGACUCAGGAGGAAGGUUCAGCCAAUCAACCGGGCAGAGCAGCUCCUCGCCACGACUCGUCAGGCGCCAACGCCGCCGCCACCGAAAACCCAAAACACAGCGGAUGGAGAGGUCUGUGUCUUUCAGCAGUGUCACUGACUCCACCAUGUCGCUCAACGUCGUCACUGUGACUCUGAACAUGGAGAGGUAUAACUUCCUGGGGAUCAGUAUUGUUGGUCAGAGUAACGACCGAGGUGAUGGAGGGAUUUAUAUCGGCUCCAUCAUGAAGGGAGGAGCGGUGGCAGCAGACGGACGCAUCGAGCCUGGAGACAUGUUACUGCAGGUGAACGACAUCAACUUUGAGAACAUGACCAAUGACGACGCCGUCCGAGUCCUGAGAGAGAUCGUUCACAAGCCGGGUCCGGUGACGUUAACGGUGGCAAAGUGUUGGGAUCCAAACCCACGAGGCUGCUUCACACUGCCCAGGAGCGAGCCGGUCCGUCCAAUCGACCCCGCUGCCUGGGUGUCGCACACCGCCGCCAUGACAGGGAGGCUCCUCCCACACUACGGUGUGCACGAAGACCCCCACCUCACCAUCCACAGCGACAUCACAGCUGUAGUCAAGGCGAUGGCCAAUCGUGAGUCAGGCCUGGAGGUCCGGGACCGGAUGUGGCUGAAGAUCACCAUCCCCAACGCCUUCAUCGGUUCUGACGUCGUAGACUGGCUCCACCGGAACGUGGAAGGUUUCACCGACCGCCGUGAAGCUCGCAGGUACGCGGGAAACCUGCUGAAGGCCGGUUACAUCCGACACACCGUCAACAAGGUGACCUUCUCUGAACAGUGCUACUACGUGUUCGGAGACCUGUGUGGAGAUCUGGGUCUGAUGUCUCUGCUGGAUCACGAAGAAGCCUCCAUUCGAGACUGUGACCCGCUGGCUCCGGCUUCCGGCCCCCAGUGGCCCCCAGCCUUCCCGUACCAGUACCCCGUCCCUCACCCCUACAGCUCGCCUCACCCCCUCCACCAGCUGCCGGCCUGGGGGGGAGGAAGAGGAGGAGGAAGUCGGCACAGUGAAGGAAGUCACAGCAGCGGCUCGGACUGCUGCGACGGUCAGAAGGAGGGAGGAGGAGGGAGCGGAUCCGAACCGACCAAACAGGAAGUGGGAGCUUCGCCUGACACUAAGCUGGCGGCACAGUCACCCGGCGAGGACGGCACCCAGCAGCCCCCGACCUCUGGUCUCCGUGGUGACAAAGACUCAGAGGCCUUCCUGCCGGCCCCGUCGCCACCUCGAGGCCAGCGUCGCGACAUUCCACCCUCCCGACAGUCCUUCUCCCUGGCCAUGGGAAACCCCGGCGAUUUCUUUGUGGAUGUAAUGUGACCCUGUGAUGAUGAUGUCACGUCCUGUCAGGUGAUUGAUGAUGUAACCUGCUUGUGUCACAUUUGUAACUUUGAAAAACAAGACCUUUGUACACUGAGUCAUAUUUUAGUUUGACGGAGGCGACUGUGAGGAAGCCUGCGUUUGAUUUCUUUCAUUCAGGGAAGUUUCAUUUCCACGUGCGUCCCGUGAGACACCUGGACCAAGGUGCUGGUUUGGGCAGUCAGUAACAAAGCACGAGUCCAAGAGUCCUUCUCCAGAACUCCAAGGCCAGAUACUCGGUGAGAGCCUUCCUCUCCUGCAGCGACCGCCUCAUUCUCAGAGGAACAUUUCAACAGUAUCCCCACACCAGCCCGGCACCUCUCACCCUGCAAACGGAGACAGUCCAGACCCGAUCCAAGAGUUUGGUUUAACAGCAGGUCCAGUGCAUAUUUAGUCGCAGCAUAUGAGUCCUGCACCAAAAGGGUCUCAAGAACUAGUUCAGGCAGCCGUCUCUAGCCGGCGGUGGGCCAACACGGCACCAGGUCGGCAACUUUGUGGUUUCUUAGACACUUAGGUGAAGAGAGGAACAGGGCUGUGAACAGAUCAGGUGGCGGUCAGACUGGCUCAAACUGACUCAGACUGACUCAGACUGACUCAAACAGACUCAAACAGACUUAGACUGACUCAGACUGACUCAAACAGACUCAGACUGACUCAGACAGAUCAGACAGACUCAGACU